AUGGCGCGCUCAAACUCACCAAAGGUCAUCGAGGGCAACGGACGACCAGUAAACUGGCUCACGCAUACACCACCAGAGACCGAAACUCACGAGGAGCACAUGGCAGUGGUGCGCCGCAGCAAGAGCGAGCACGAGGCUGCUAUGGCUCACCAGAACUCGAUCAACAAGUCGAAGAUCGGCGCACUCAUGGCGCACCUGAGCGCUGAGCUCGAGUCGAUGCCGGAGAAGGGAACCGACCUCGAGCAGGCCGAUGAAACCCACCUGCCGAUCCCAGACAUCGACAUGAGCAAGACCUACUCGAACGAGGUGAAGCGCAACACCCGCGAGUACUUUCUCAGGGAAGACAAGCGCUUCAUCGCCAGCAGGCUGGCCGACGAGGACUCGGCGCUCCCAGAGAACGGGUUUGGUUACUCCUCUCACAUGGUCGGCAUUCUCCCUCGCUCUUCUCAAGGCCGCGACUCCAAGGUCAUAGGCGACAGCAUUGAGCAGCUCGAACUCAUGGAGAGAAUGGCCAAGGUGAAGGCGGAACUCGCCCGCAAGACCGCGGAGCGGGAGGCGAAAUCGGCCAACGCCGCCUCACAUGUGGGGGUCGGGGCUCUCCUGUGCUGCCCACAGAAGGAGAAGGCUCUCCUGUCGCCCACUCCAGAGCGUGUGAAGAAAUGGCUCUCCCGGCCAGAAUUCAAGGACCGCUAUUUCUGGGAGAAGGAGGGCAUCAUGAAGAGCGUGUUCGCGGGAGAGGACAAUGAUGAGGAUGAGGAUGAUCACCUCCCGCAAAAGCGGUCCCCCGCCAGCAGUGUGAGCUCUCCAGACUCGUCCGUUAGGCGCAGCGCGCGCACCUCGCGCCCGUCGCCCAAGGUGGUGGAGAAUAACUCGUCGGGGUCGUCGGGAUCGGAGAGACCUGCGUGGAAGCGUAAGAGGAGUUCUUCCUCCCAGGAGGGAGAGGAGGCUCCACGGCGCUCGAAGCGCACGCGUGCUCCUGAUAGCGCGCUGAGCUCACCUGGGUCUUGA